AUGAAUUCUGUUGUGUUUGCAGUGGUGUUGUGUUAUAUUAGUUGUCGCCAAAUAUCAUCAGUCGAUGCCAUCAAUAGUGCCGAUGAGUACAAACUGACUCUAAUUCACGCCAAUGAUCUGUUCGGUGCAUUUGCCGGCGUUAACAGUGAUAACAGUUUGUGUGAUCUCAACACUCAAGACCAAAACCAGUGCAUCGGAGGGGCGCCUAAAAUAGUAUCCAAGCUAACAGAGUGGCGCACUAAAGGGGACAGGCUAUUUUUCGUAAACGCUGGAAAUAGUUUGGGCGGCUAUUGGUACAGACAUUUCGGAUCAAAAGUAGUGACCGACUUCUACAAAGAGCUUCAGUUUGAUGUCAUUAAUCUUGGAUUAAGUGAUUAUGAAUUAUAUGAUGUUCAACCAGAUUCGCCAGAUUAUUAUCGCGAGACAUAUGAUAAUAUAACUCAGUUUUUAAGCGAGGUCACCCGGACCUCCCGAGUGGUUUCGUGUAAUGUUGAUGUCCAGGAUAAAUAUAUCAACAAUUUCUACUCAAAUGUCAGGCGAUCGGAGCGAAUGUAUAGAAGCGAACAGAGAAGAGUGGCUUUCAUUGGAUUCGUGAAGAAUCCAAAUCCAAAUACAAAUACAGUGAAAGACAGUAGCGGUAAAAGACAGUCUAAAAGUGAUUCAUCUUUCGGAGGCAUAUCCAUCGGUGAUCCCAUUAAAUGUCUUCAGGACGAGAGCGAGGAAUUGCGUCGAAACGGCGCUGACAUCAUAAUAGCCAUCGGAAGCGGUGACGAAGAGCUGUUCAAAGAGAUUGCGACUAACGUUCCGAAUGUGGAUAUCGUUGUCGGCAGCUAUGGGCUGACAAAAAAUCUGUCACUUCUGAGAGAAAGGACAGCCCAUAGCUAUCCAGAUAUGGUUCUCAAUGAUAAUAAUGUGAACGCAGUUGUGGUGACCGCCGAUGUCUACGGCAAGAGUAUCGGCAGACUUACCGUUAAGUUUGACAAAAGAGGGAAUAUUAAGGAAAGCGAAGGCACUCUCAUUGAAUUGGACCGACACAUCGAUUCGGAUUCAAAAACGGCACAAUUGGUAAACAACUACCAGCGCUCGCUGUACGUGGGCUCGACUAAAGUAUUCCUCGACGCCUCCCACUGUAUGUCCCGGGAGUGUAAUAUCGGAGACUUGAUGGCAGACUCGAUGCUGUUUUAUCGGAUUAAUUAUAUUAAUGAAACUUUCGUUAAAUCAUUGAUUAAAUACAAAGGAAGUCCGUUAUUAAGACAAAGAGUGGACGAGAAUAGAGAUGUAAUCGCAUUGAUUAGUAGCGAAAGCAUUUCAAACUCCAUCGGAAACGCCAGAAGUGAUGAGUACUUCAUCACUAAAAUAAGUUUAGACAAUAUGUUUGACCGAAAAGAGCCCAAAAUUCAAAUGUUUAUUUUGGACGGAAAGACAAUCAGACAACUAUUGUCGGCGUAUAUCCGGCGCUCAGACUUACUGCAAGUUUCGGGAAUGAAAAUUAUUUACGACCUCUUGAAACCAAUUAAUGAGACCAUUAUUGAGAUUUCCGUUAAGUGUAGGCUCUGUCCGGACAAUUCAUAUAAUGAAUUAAUGGACAAUAAAUUGUAUGACGUUUUGUUGCCUCAAAAUAUACAAUUGGAUCAAAACGACCACAGCUUACGAGUGGCUCAAGACAUGAGUGCUUUCCAUAUAAUAGAGCAAUACAUCAAAGAAAACUCUCCCAUUAAGACAACCAUUGAUAACAGGAUUACAAUAAUUGAGGAUCUCAAUUUGAACACUACUAGUGAUGGCGAUGGCGAGUAUGAACUCGUAUUGAGUCACUUCCAGUACUCGCAAUAUCAUCGACAAGUUCUUGAGUUUGUUGGCGACAAUGUAUACCACUUUCGUGUCACCGCAAGUGAGCCCACAUUUUCUUCGCAAUUCCAGAUCAAAGCCUUAUUUCUGGGAUAUUCUAACAUCACUUUCAAUAUUUACAAGAAUAAUACCCUGGUGCAAGUCUUAGACCACUACUCUAUAAGUGUUAUGAGGACUCAAUCCAUUUAUGAUGCCCUGUUUGGCGUACUAAUCAUUAGUUUGGUUACAAUUAAUUAUAUUAAUAUGGGCUGUCAUUUGGACCUACAAAUAGUCAAGAAGACAUUGAAGACACCCAUUGGACCACUCAUUGGAUUUGUUUGUCAGUUCACUAUAAUGCCUUUGGCCUCAUAUCUAAUCGGAUGGCUAUUAUUGGACGACAUUAGUCUACGUUUAGGUCUAUUCACUCUGGGCUGCAGUCCGGGCGGCAAUUCAAGCAAUUUCUGGACACUUCUGUUCAAUGGAGACGUCAAUCUCAGCAUUACUAUGACUCUCAUCAGCACUGUUGCCUCAUUAGCAAUGAUGCCUCUAUGGCUGUUCACAUUGGGCUCCACUCUAUUCAGCGCCGGGAACAUAAAGAUCCCGUAUUUCAAUCUAUUCACAUCGUUGAUAACCCUUACAUUCCCCAUGUUUAUCGGCAUAUUGAUCAGACACUACAGACCUAAUUGGGCCAAGGUAUCUCACAAAAUAAUCAAACCGUUCACUAUAGUGGUGGUCAUAUUUGGAAUCGCUGGAAGUGCUAUACUCUAUAACCACAUAUUUGUGAUGUUCACGUGGCCCAUCGUAAUAGCCGGCGCUUUGGUGGCCAUCAGUGGCUACAGUUUGGGUGCAAUCAUAUCAAGUCUGUGCGGAAUGAAGAGACCCCAAGUCGUGGCCAUCUCUAUAGAGACUGCUUAUCAAAACGGAGGAAUCGCUUUCAUAUUACUCUUACUAUCACUACAACAACCGGACGCAGACAUCGCGAGUGUCCCCUGUAUUGCACAGCUAUUAAUCACUGGACAACCCCUUUGGCUCGUAUUGAUCGGAGUGAAGAUCUGGAAUCGCUUUCAUCCGCAAAAUAAUGACAAAUCGGUUGACAAUAAAAACGACAAAAUUAGUGAACAAACCGACAAAAAUGUUAAUAACUUAGAGAAUGGCUGUUAUGACGGCCCAUAUAUCGACAAACCAAAGACUGAUACUGAGCUGAAUGCCAGUACUAAUGGCACUCACGAUAUCACUAAAUUUUAACAAUUAUACAAAUUUUUAAUUAUUUGAUAAAUAUUUAAAUAUUUAUUGUAAGCUGUUUAAUUAUUAUGAC